AUGGUUUGGACUGGGUACAUCUGCAUUCCCUCUUUCGUCGUGCUUGCUGCUCACAUCGCAGCGGUGCCGGUAAGUCAAGCUCUGCUCUUCGGGUGCUUAGAAAUAUUAAUUCUGGUACACGUUAUCCACUUUCUGCACAUUUAUUUUCUUUCAGAUUUUGAUGAACAGAAGGAUAUUCCAGAAAUCAAUUUAGCUGCAGGGUUGGACCUCUUUCAAGGGGACAUCCUCCUGCCGAACUCCAGAAAUGGUCUGAGAGACCCCAAUACCAGGUGGAAGUUCCCCAUUCCUUACAUUCUGGCGGACAAUCUGGAACUGAAUGCCAAAGGAGCCAUUCUCUAUGCCUUUGAAACGUUCCGCCUCAAGUCCUGUGUGGAUUUCAAGCCCUAUGAAGGAGAGAGCUCAUAUAUCAUCUUUCAGCAGUUUUCUGGGUGCUGGUCUGAGGUCGGUAACCAGCAUGUGGGUCAGAACCUUUCCAUUGGCCUUGGGUGUGACUAUAAGGCCAUCAUCCAACAUGAGAUCCUUCACGCUUUGGGAUUUUAUCACGAGCAGUCCAGGACUGACCGGGAUGAUUAUGUGAAAAUCUGGUGGGAUGAAAUUCUUCCAGGUUACCAGCACAACUUUAAUACCUAUGAUGACAACUUCAUCACAGACCUCAACACGCCCUAUGAUUAUGAGUCUCUGAUGCACUACCAGCCUUUCUCAUUUAACAAGAAUGAAAGUGUCCCUACCAUCACAGCCAAGAUCCCUGAGUUUAACUCCAUCAUUGGGCAGCGCCUGGAUUUCAGUGUCCUCGAUCUGGAGAGGCUGAACCGCAUGUACAAUUGCACCACAACUCAUACCCUUUUGGACCACUGUGCUUUUGAAAAGGCAAACAUCUGCGGCAUGGUGCAGGGCACCAGAGACGACGCUGACUGGGUCCAUGAGGACAGCACUCGGCCCGGACAAGUGGACCACACCUUGGGGGGACAAUGCACAGGUGCCGGCUACUUCAUGCACUUGAACACCAGCUCGGGGGUGGCGGAAGAGGCAGCCUUGCUGGAGUCUCGGAUUCUUUACCCGAAGAGGAAGCAACAGUGUCUCCAGUUUUUCUAUAAGAUGACAGGAAGCCCUUCAGACCGACUCGUCAUCUGGGUCAGGAGGGACGACGGCACCGGCAAUGUUCGCAAGCUGGUCAAGGUGGAGACCUUUCGAGGAGAUUCUAACCAAAGUUGGAAAAUUGCCCAUGUGACCCUCAGAGAAGAGAAGAAGUUUCGCUACCUUUUCCAGGGCACAAAAGGUGACCCCCAGAGCUCGACUGGGGGAAUUUACCUGGAUGACAUCACCCUGACAGAAACGCCAUGCCCCGCAGGCGUUUGGACAGUACAGAACUUCUCCAAGGUCCUUCAGAGCACGGCUGUAGGGGACAUGCUCCAGAGCCCCCGAUUCUACAAUGCAGAGGGAUACGGGUUUGGGUUGACCUUAUACCCUCAUGGAAGAGUAAACUUGGGCUACUUAGGGCUCGCCUUUCACCUGUGCAGCGGGGAGAACGACGCUAUCCUGGAGUGGCCGGUGGAAAACAGGCAGGCGAUAAUAACGAUACUCGACCAGGAAUCCGACGUCAGGAAUAGAAUGUCCUCAAGCAUGGUGUUCACUACCUCCAAGUCCCAGACGUCUCCAGCAAUAAAUGACUCAGUCAUCUGGGACAGACCGUCCGUGGUGGGAACUUAUGAUCAGAACUGUAGUUGUUACAGAAGCAUUGAGAGGGGCUGGAAUGACUUCAUCUCCCACCAAAUGCUGAAAAGGAGGAGUUUCCUUAAAAAUGAUGACCUUAUCAUGUUUGUGGACUUUGAAGACAUCACCCACCUCAACCAGACUGGAGUCACCCCGAGAGACACAAGGCUGACCCCUCCAGGCCUUGUUCUCCAGGAGCAGCGGGCCGCCGACGGCUCAGCACAGGCCCUGUCGGAGAAGGCCCUGCCCAGCCGGCGGAAGCGGUCAGCAGAGAGCGUGGGCCCCAUGGAGGACCACAACUGGCCGCAGUACUUCAGAGACCCGUGUGACCCGAAUCCUUGCCAAAAUGAAGGCAUCUGCGUGAACGUGAAGGGCAUGGCGAGCUGCAGGUGUGUCUCCGAUCACGCCUUCUUCUACACGGGCGAGCGCUGCCAGGCCGUGCAGGUGCAUGGCAGCAUGCUGGGCCUGAUCGUCGGGGGCUCGGCCGGUGUGGUCUUCCUGACCUACACCGUCAUCUCCAUCCUGUCCCAGAAGCUGAGGCAGUGA